AUGACAUUCGAUUUACAGAAGAUAGUAAGACCUAAGAUAUUUAACCUUGAGCCGUACCGUUGUGCUCGUGAUGAUUUCACAGAGGGUAUUUUAUUAGAUGCUAAUGAAAACCCACAUGGCCCACGACUUGUCGGCCACCAGGACACUAAUUUACAUAGGUAUCCUGAUCCCCACCAAUUGGAAUUUAAGAGGCAAAUGGCUACUUAUAGAAACAACAGCUCAUCCUUCAAGGAUUUAUCUCUACCACCCCUCACCGAGGACAACUUGUGUUUAGGCGUGGGUUCUGAUGAAAGCAUAGAUGCAGUUAUAAGAGCCUGCUGUGUGCCGGGCAAAGAGAAAAUACUGACUUUACCACCAACAUAUUCGAUGUACUCAGUUUGCGCAAAUAUCAAUGACGUUGAAGUCCUUGAAUGCCCUUUGAUUUACGAAGAUAAUUCAUUCCAACCUGAUUCUCAGAAAGUUAUCAGCAUUUUAUCGAGCGAUCCAUUGAUCAAACUAGUGUUCUUAACAUCUCCAGGUAAUCCAACUGGUGCCAAGAUAGAUUCCAAUAUUAUUAUUAAGAUACUAGAAAGCUGGGAUGGAGGGUUUGUAGUUGUUGAUGAAGCUUAUAUUGACUUUUGCGGUGGUUCGACCGCUCCCUUAGUUACAAAAUACCCAAACUUGAUCACAUUACAAACACUGUCCAAAUCUUUUGGCCUAGCUGGUAUUAGAUUAGGAAUGACAUUUGCCACUGCUGAUUUUGCAGCAAUCUUAAAUGCAAUGAAAGCACCAUAUAAUAUCUCCUCAAUAACAUCAGAAUUUGCAACAAAAGCUCUAACGAAGGAAAACAUUACUUUGAUGGAGAAAACCUCCAGAGAAAUCAAUAAAGAGAAGGUCAGAUUAUUGAAAGAAUUAACCGCACUACCAUUAAUUGAUAAACAUCAUGUUGGUGGACUGGAUGCUAACUUUAUAAUGGUGAGAAUUCAUGGAGGUGAUAAUGACAUGGCUAAAGAAGUAUAUUAUAAAUUAGCCACGCAAUCCGGUGUUGUUGUCAGAUUUAGAGGAAAUGAAAUAGGAUGCAAAGGUUGUUUAAGAAUAACGGUGGGGACUGUUGAAGAAAACACGACAUUAAUUUCAGAGUUCAAGAAAUGUCUUUCUUCCUACAAUCCAUAA